AUGCCAAAACAAAAGAAUAAAGUGUAUAAGAUGCUCCAAGAAUAUAAUAAUAAAAGAAGGAAGCAAGUUACAAAAAGGCAAAAGAAGGAUAUUGUAGAUGUCUUGGGUGAUGAUUGUACUGAAAAUGAUAUUUGGGCUGAGGAUAUUUUUGCUAAAGAUAUCCGUGAUGAAGAUGUCUUUGCUGAAGAUGUUUUUUCUGAUAAUAUAUCUACUAAAAGCAGUGAAUUUGAUAAGGAUAAAAGUGAAAAAGAGCUUGAAGAAGAA